UAAACUGUUAAAACAUAGGUACUUUUGUUGAGAAUGUAGAAACAUUAAUUUACACGUUUUAAAUGUUGAUUUAAUGAAAUUUAUUUGUUUAUGAAUAUAUAACAUAUAAUCUGCCUUACUGUCAAAAUGGCAGACAAAGCUCAAAGCGAUUUUGCAAUCGCCGAGCUGAAGGCGGAAAUUGAAAGGCUAAGUCGUGAGUUAGACCAAGCCAGCAGUGAAAAGAUCCAGUCGGCGCAGCUGGGUUUAGUCCUUUUGGAAGAAAAGAGUGCACUCCAGCAAAGAUGCGACGAAUUAGAAAGCCUGUACGAGAACACGAAACACGACCUGGACAUAACACAGGAGGCACUCAUGAAACUUGAUACAACACAAAAGGUGACCACACAAAGUGGUAUAGAACAAGAAAAUGCUCUACUUAAUGAGUCUGCUGCGAUGGAGAGUUCACUUACAUUGCAAAUUUUUGAACUGGAAGGAGAAACAAAACAGUUACGACACGAACUAGAACGAGUGGUGAGUGAGAGAGAUAGACUUCUGGCCGAGAGCUCGGAACUGGGAGUGGACAAGGCGUCGAGGGAGUCGGAGAGGGCAGCGCUGCGCGCGGAGCUGCGGGAGGCGCGGCAGAGGGAACAGAGGCUGCUGGUAGAUAUCGGGGACCUGGAAGAUGAGAACAUCUCGCUGCAGAAACAAGUUUCCGCACUCAGGUCAUCGCAGGUAGAGUUUGAAGGCUUGAAGCAUGAGGUCAGACAGCUGCGCGAAGAAGCGGAAAACGCUCGUGCAGCGGCUGACGAGACUGCGGCGCUACGGCGCAUCGCUGAACGACAGCUGGCUGAAGCGCUUGAAGCGCUGCAAGCGGAAAGGGAAGCUAAGUUUGCGGCCAAAAAAGAGCUUGAUGCACACCUCAGUAGGGAGGCUGCAUACAAUAUCACCAACCUGGCGUACAGUAUACGAGGUAUGCCGGAGGAGGGCGGUGACGAAGAGGGCGAGGCGGGAGGAUCAGGCAUCGGUGAGCUGGGCGGAGAGCACCACGCCGACCUGUUCUCAGAGGUGCACCUGCAGGAGGUGGCGCGCCUGGAGAAGCAGCUGGAGCACGCGCACAACGAGAACACCCAGCUCUCAGCAUCACUACGUUCUGCACAAUCCAGCGCCGAGGCUGAGAGUUCUGCAGCCACAGCGCUGCGAAACGGACUCAUGCGCAUAUCAUCUAGGGUGUCAGCGUUGAACCAUCUGCACGCAGAGUGUGGCCCACUUGACGAUGAAAAGACUGAAGGUGGAGUGAGCACACGGGCAGCUAAAUGGUUGACGUGGUGGCGAGUGUCGGGGGGGGAGGUCUCGGCGCUCAGCACAGCCCUGGCGGAGCUCCUGGCGGCGGGGGCGGCCCCCUCCUGCAGCGUGCAGCAGCGGCAGGCGCUGGCGCAGCUCAGCGACCGGCUGGCGGACGCCGAGAUACGCUGCGCCGUGCACCAGGCCGACGUGGACCUGCUGAGGACUAUGGCGGGAGGUGCGGGCCGAGCGCUGUCGGCGGCGGCGCCCGCUCUGUCGUCGGCGGCCGACGGCCUGGCGCAGCUCUACCACCACGUGUGCGCUGUCAACGGCACGCAGCCCGAGCGACUGCUGCUUGAGCAUGCUCACAACACCGACGGUGCGAACUCCGAGGGCCGUGUGGACGAUGAGGCGCUCGCUCUGGCCGCUGGAGAGCUGGAAGGUCUCCGUGCGGCCGGCAGCGUGGCGCGCUACGCCGACACCCUGCUGGACCAGCUCACACACCUGCGGGCCGCGCUCGACACCGCGCUGGACUCGCGGCACAGGCACCAGCCCGUGAUGCAGACGGAGGAGCGCGGCGCCGAGUUGGCGGAGCUGCAGGAGCAGGUCAUCAAGCUCAAGUCGCUGCUGUCCACCAAGCGGGAGCAGAUCGCCACACUGCGGACCGUGCUCAAGUCCAACAAGAACACGGCCGAGGUGGCGCUGGCCAACCUCAAGUCCAAGUACGAGACCGAGAAGACCAUCGUCACCGACACCAUGCUCAAGCUGCGCAACGAGCUGCGGCUGCUCAAGGAGGACGCCGCCACCUUCUCCAGUUUGCGCGCCAUGUUCGCGGCACGGUGCGAAGAGUACGUGACCCAGGUGGAUGACCUGACGCAGGCGCUGAGCGGCGCCGAGGACGAGAAGAAGACGCUCAACCAGCUGCUGCGGCUGGCCGUGCAGCAGAAACUGUCGCUGACGCAGCGCCUGGAGGAGCUGGAGGUGGACCGCGAGAUGCGUACCCGCCGCGUGCCCAAGGCAGGUGGAGCGGUUCGUUCUCGGCCGCGGGACUUCUAGCGACUGGUGCGCGCGCUCAAGGAGGCCGCCGCGGCGCUACGGCACCUGCUGGCGGCUGCCGCGCGCACCGACUAGACAGUUGGCAACGUGGGGUGUAGUGUGUUCAUAGCACUACUGGAUGUAGCGACAUGGAUGUUGGCUAUCGUUGGCGUUUAUAGACGUCUACAUGUUAUAUGACUAAAAGUUUGAAAAAAAAUUACUGUGCAAUUUGAACGUUUUACGCGUCCGUUCGAUGGUAACGUACUAAUACCGUGAUAUGAAACACGAUUGUUUUACUGUUUGGGAAUUUAUUUGGGGUUGAUAUCGUUCACUAGUACGUGUACAUUAUAUCGGGAUCGCGAUCGGACGCGCUACGAAUUUAUAAUGUUACUAAUUGUUGAACAGCCGCGAGGCGAAUUGUCGAAAUCUGACGAGAACUUUUUUACUAUUAUCGUUCUAUAGAUUAAAUCGUUUGUACGUUUUUUAAAAUAUAAUUAAAGUUGUAGGUUAAGCGUGGAGGGCGGCGUCGUGGCGGUACAGAACGCGUCGUAUCGUGAAUGCGAACCGUCAAACUGUGCGCGACGCGUUCCGUACCCCCGCUUAGAGUGACCCGAGCUACUGACCACAUCAUUCUCAUAUCCCCUUUUCUAACAAAAGUAUAGACAAAUUCAAAAUGACACUACAUAUGAAAAUGUCUCAUAUUUCAAAACUAGUCAAGCAUUUUUUAUUGCAAUUUGUACCAAGAAUCAUUUUUAUAAUACGUAUUGACAAGUCUCUUUUUCGUAUUUUAUAUUAUCCACUUGGAUGUUUUAUCUGUCUUGUCAAUAUCGUUGCUACGUUAUAUAAUAAUGGCUUGUAGGAGACGACGCCGCCCCGGAGUGUUGUUGCGGUAAUGUUGAUUGUCGCGCGCUGCCCCGGCGAGCAUGUCGCGUGACACAUGCCGCGAGGGCAGCUCGCUCGCGUAACUCGUCCCUGCCUCUUCUCCUUGCCCAAUACUUUCAUAACGAAUUACUCCCACAUAUAUUUUGCCCCGUGACAUAUAUUUUUAUAACGCGAUCGGUAUUAUAAUAUAUUAUUGCGAUAAAAAUGAAUUUAUGCGCCGUUGUUCCGGUCGAGAUUUCAAUUGCUCUAUUUACUGCGCCGGUCGACCGACCGAGAAGCGAACCGCGAUGAUAUUUUUGAUCACUAUUUAUAUUUACAAGAGUGCUGUAUGUUAAGUAUCGUCCUCGAGUAUUGACGGGCGCCGCCACGAUCGUCCACACGUCCAGGCGACUCCAGCCAUUCGUGCGCGAGCUCUGUCUGUGUAUUUGUAGUUGUUGCGUUUAUUGUGUUGUUGUGAACCUCCGCCCUCUGUUUUCGUCCAUCUUGUUCUAGUUGUAUUGGUAGUACUUCCGUGAACGUCUCGUUGUUUCGUCGUGAGUGCUGCUCCCGCCAGGUGCGUCACCUCGUGUCUGCCGUCCGUGGUCGAGGCCACUCGCGUCCAGUUGUUGUCCACAGCCACGGGCCCCCACUGCUCCACUCCUCCCCCGUACCACAUAAUACUUCACCGACCACUAGCAGUCGGUAUCGCACUCGCCGUUGCUCAAAAUUUGCUCACGGGGGUCCGCCGGCUUUUCUAUUUAAUAAGACGAAAUUGAUGAAAUAUUUAUUAGAAAUGUUAUUAUUGUAUUAUUUAUGUCUAUUGGAUGUGAUCGAUAGUGCAGCUUUUCGUGUGAGACACGCCGACGAGUUAGUGCCGUGGGUAGUGGACCGUUCCAUUGGUAGUUCGUAGUUGUCGUUACUGUAGAAGUUACGUAGUCCUAGAUGUUAUAGCCCGCACUGUAGAGUUCAUCUUCGGUAGUGGAAUAUUGCAAUAUUAACUCUUUUAGCAUAAUUUAUUUGUGUAGCUCAAUGUUAGCGGACGUGCCCGUGGCUCGUUCGAACACGGCCGUUCUUGCAUUUAUCGUUUGUAGAAUUAUUAUGACUCAUUAGCUUCGUACUUAACGGACUUACCAAUUAGAUUUAGUAUUUUUUGUAGUAUUAUUUUUAAUGCUUAGCAGCAGACAUCAAUGUAUUGUUUGUGUCUAGUCCCUGAGUCGUUUAUCAACGCUCUCAUAGUAUUCUGUAUAACAUCACAGCAGAAGCGACCUCACCCCAGAGUACGGGAAACUCCAUGUGCAAUAUUCGGAAAUAUUUAUUUAUAUGUGAAUUUAUUUAAGUGUUAAAAAUAAGCGCGAAAUUAGGAAUAUUUAUCAACUGCCAUGGUUGUGCAGUACAUAAAUAAAAGCGAGAACUUUUGGGUUGCAUGAUAUAUCGACGACUAGCUUAAUUUACCGCAAAAAUAAUCAAUAAACCCUCUUUUACUGACGUAUCAUCACUACUACUUAUGCUUUAAAAAUAAAUCGAAUCGUUUUAAGUAUUCCGUUAUUAAAUAACACAAUAUAUUAAUGAUUUUUAAUAUAAUAAUUAUUGUCAUAAUAUGUAUUUACAAAAUUAGAAUUAAAUCCAGGCAAGGCCGCUUUUGCUGUGACGCUGUGAGUUAGUUCUGUUGAUCGAUUCACGUCCACUUUAUAUUUUGGUGUAUUGUUAGUUAUAAUUAUUAUGUACAUAUACAUUUUGACAUGAUCUAAUUUUUACAUUUAUUGAUUGUUAUUGUGAAGCUUCAGUCGACCCGAUGUCCACGUGAUUGUUGAGAGCGCCCGAUGUCUGCUGCCCUGGUGGCGGUUCGGGAGCGAAUAACCAAAUAUUAUUUUCUUUAUACAGUCUAUAUAUUAUUAUUAUCUUUAGAGCACUUAUUUUUCCUAGCUAUAGGUAUUAUUUCUAUAAUAGAAAGAUUUAUAACUUUAUUAUUUAAAGGAUGCCUGCUACUUAUACUGAAAUAUGAUUCUUAGUCGACAACACGACGCGAAACGUUCCCCUUGGCUCACGUUUCUUUCUUGGGAAUACCAAUGUCUGUAGUUUGGGCAGAAGUGCACAGUUUGAUGGUUCGCGGUGCUGGAAGCGCUACGGUUUGUAACGAUAUAUUGUGAAGUAAAUAUAGUUUCGCAUAAUAAGUCAUUCAUUCCAAGGGAACAUAUCGUUAUUUAUUUUUGAAGUAAGCCAAGCUCGCGCCGCGUUGUCGCACGACUGAUGUGGAAUCAUGUAUGAAAUAAUAAAUGAUUAUAUUUA